AUGAAAUUAAGACGUUGGGCUUUUUACAAACUAAUACAAGUAACAUAAUAGGCCCAUUGUAAGCCCACUAAAAAAACGCUGCGUUUCAUUGCGCCGGUAUCUGAUUUUUAUCUGUGCCGAGGUCUGAGAGAAGAAAAGCCAAAAGUUUUGUACGAAAGAAGAAAAGCUUUGAGAAGCCAUGGAUACGGAAACUGAGUUCGAUAGGAUACUAUUGUUCGAACAAAUUCGUCAAGACGCCGAAAAUACCUACAAGUCAAAUCCUUUAGAUGCCGAUAAUCUGACUAGAUGGGGAGGAGUUUUACUCGAGUUAUCUCAGUUUCAUAGCAUCUCAGAUGCAAAGCAAAUGAUUCAAGAGGCCAUCACAAAGUUUGAAGAGGCAUUGUUGAUUGACCCAAAGAAAGAUGAAGCGGUUUGGUGUAUUGGGAAUGCAUACACUUCAUUUGCGUUUCUGACUCCUGACGAGACUGAAGCUAAACAUAACUUUGACUUAGCUACUCAGUUCUUUCAACAAGCUGUGGAUGAGCAACCAGAUAAUACACACUACCUGAAAUCACUCGAAAUGACGGCCAAGGCUCCACAGCUGCACGCAGAAGCUUACAAACAAGGCUUAGGCUCACAACCAAUGGGUCGCGUUGAAGCUCCAGCACCGCCGAGCUCAAAGGCAGUGAAGAAUAAGAAAAGUAGUGAUGCCAAGUAUGAUGCUAUGGGUUGGGUGAUUCUAGCCAUUGGUGUUGUUGCUUGGAUCAGUUUCGCGAAAGCUAAUGUGCCUGUCUCUCCUCCUCGUUAAGUAGACUCGUUAGGAGACUUUGAUGAAGUUUUUCAAUUUUUGAGGUUUUGACAGUUGGAGCUUGUUGUGUAAGAUUUUUAGUUGUACUACGAGUACUUUAUUAUUGAAAGAAGAUAAAUGUCUUUUUACUAGAGCUUGUUCUUCAGCGUUCAUGUUAAACAACACUAACUCCACUAGUCCUAUGAAUAUUAGUAUAAUCCAUCUCAUGCUUGUAGUAAGUACUAUUAGUUUGUUCAAUUUGACUAUUAGUUUUUGACAAAGUUUC